AUGGCCAAUCCAACUCAACCUUCCGUUGGAUACUCUUUUACUGCCACAUCGCCAAACCCAGAUACACCAUCACCUCAAACAGAGAAAACCCCUAUCCCUCGUCCUCCAAUUUCAUCUGCACCCCCCAGAUUUCCUCCACCAAAAUUACAACAUGACCCAAUCGCUUCCCCUUCAAUUAGAACCCCAAAUAUGUUGUCACCUGCAAAUGGGGUCAACAGUGGAAGCCCAAUUCCUCAUUUAAGCACUCCUCCUGGCCCUCCUGUCUUUACUUCACCAGUUAGGCCCGCUGCUGUGCCUUUCCGGACAUCUCCUGCAACUCCGCAGCCUGUCGCUUUCUCUUCAGGUUCAUCUUUGCCCACAUCUUCACCUCCCCAUUUCUCUAAUGGGUCAGCUGAGUUGCAGCACCAAGUUCCAGAUGUUAUUGAGGAGACAUCACCUUAUGGGAAAUCUUCAUGUGUUCUGAUUUCAGCUCGUAAGGUGUUGAAACAGAAGAAACAAGCAAAUGUACCCAGUUUAGGUUUUGGGGCACUAGUUUCUCCUGGGAGAGAGGUUUCUCCAGGUCCUCAAAUAAUACAACGUGAUCCUCAUCGCUGCCAUAAUUGCGGAGCAUAUGCAAACAUCUAUUGCAAGAUAAUACUUGGAUCUGGCCAGUGGCAGUGUGUAGUUUGCCAUAAUCUGAAUGGAAGUGAAGGUGAAUAUGUGGCUUCUAGCAAGGAAGAACUUCGUAAUUUUCCGGAAUUGUCAUCGCCUAUGGUUGAUUAUGUUCAAACUGGGAACAAUAGGCCCAGUUAUGUUCCUGUUUCUGAUUCCAGAAUGUCUGCACCCAUUAUUCUUGUAAUAGAUGAAUGCUUAGACGAACCUCACCUCCAGCAUCUACAGAGCUCUUUGCACGCAUUUGUUGAAUCAAUUCCACCAACGGCAAGAAUUGGCAUUAUAUUGUAUGGUAGGACAGUAUCAGUUUAUGAUUAUUCAGAGGAUUCAAUAGCAUCUGCUGAUGUGCUUCCUGGUGACAAAUCACCAACUCAGGAGUCGUUGAAAGCAUUGCUUUAUGGAGCUGGUGUUUAUCUAUCACCAAUGCAUGCUUCAAAACAGGUAGCACAUGACAUAUUCUCAUCACUAAGGCCAUACAAGUUAAACAUCCCAGAAGCUUCAAGAGAUCGUUGCCUGGGUACAGCAGUUGAGGUUGCCCUUUCUAUUAUUCAGGGGCCAACAGCAGAAAUGUCUCGGGGGGUAGUUAAAAGGGCAGGAGGUAACAGCAGAAUUAUUGUGUGUGCUGGUGGACCUAAUACAUAUGGCCCUGGAUCAGUUCCUCAUUCUUUUACUCACCCAAAUUAUCCUCAUAUGGAAAAGACAGCAUUGAAAUGGAUGGAGCUUCUGGGUCGUGAGGCUCAUCGACACAAUACAGUGAUUGACAUUCUAUGUGCUGGAACUUGCCCUGUUAGAGUUCCUGUGUUGCAGCCUCUUGCAAAAGCUUCAGGGGGUGUGUUGGUUCUUCAUGAUGACUUUGGAGAAGCCUUUGGUGUGAACUUGCAAAGGGCAUCCACAAGGGCUGCAGGUUCUCAUGGUUUGCUGGAGAUUCGUUGUUCUGAUGAUAUUCUCGUAACUCAAGUUGUGGGUCCUGGUGAAGAGGCACAUUUAGACACUCAUGAAACCUUUAAAAAUGAUACUGCUCUUUCUAUUCAAAUGCUAAGUGUUGAAGAAACGCAAAGCUUUGCUGUAUCCAUGGAAAAUAAAGGAGACAUCAAGAGUGAUCAUGUAUUUUUCCAGUUUGCUAUUCAAUAUUCAAAUGUUUAUCAAGCUGAUAUUUCAAGAGUUGUUACUGUCAGAUUACCCACUGUGGAUAAUGUUUCAGCAUAUCUUGAGAGUGUUCAAGAUGAAGUGGUUGCGGUCCUCAUUGCCAAGAGGACCCUCUUGCGAGCCAAAAAUCACUCUGAUGCAAUUGAUAUGCGAACGACAAUUGAUGAAAGAGUUAAAGACGUAGCUCUAAAAUUUGGAUCCCAAGUACCAAAGUCAAAGCUUUAUCGGUUCCCAAAAGAACUUUCUGCUCUAUCAGAGAUCUUAUUUCAUCUAAGAAGGGGCCCACUUUUAGGAAGCAUUAUUGGACAUGAAGAUGAGAGGUCUGUAUUACGAAGUUUGUUUCUGAAUGCAUCUUUUGAGCUGUCACUUCGUAUGGUCGCACCUCGCUGUUUAAUGCACCGGGAAGGAGGCACUUUUGAGGAGCUUCCGGCUCAUGACCUAGCUAUGCAAUCUGACAAAGCAGUAGUUCUUGACCAUGGCACAGAUGUCUUUAUUUGGUUGGGUGCAGAACUUGCUGCUGAUGAGGGAAGAAGUGCAGCCGCUUUAGCAGCUUGCAGAACAUUGGCUGAAGAACUAACUGAAUCUAGGUUUCCAGCUCCUCGAAUCCUUGCAUUCAAGGAAGGGAGUUCCCAGGCUCGGUAUUUUGUAUCUCGGCUGAUUCCAGCACACAAGGAUCCUCCGUAUGAGCAGGAGGCAAGGUUUCCACAGCUUCGAUCUUUAACGACGGAACAGCGGACAAAGCUGAAAAGCAGUUUUCUUUUUUUUGAUGAUCCUAGCUUCUGUGAGUGGAUGCGAAGUUUGAGACUGGUGCCACCAGAACCAAGCUAAGGGUGUAAAUUUUAGUGGCUGAUGUUCCUGCAAGAAGGAAUUGUGGGAGCUGCAUUACAAUGACGAUGCAAAUCUGUUGUCUCCUGUUCUUUCCUUUUUUUUGUCCCCUGGUAAAGAGAAUGUAAUUUUGAUGACGUCUAUGGAUAUCAUCUCACCUUUUUCUUUCUCUUCGAUUUUUUUAAAGAACAUUUAUAUACUGACCAUAACUCAAAAAGUUUGAAAUUGGUUCAUCACAUAUUGUUUCUUAGUUGAAGUGCUUUAGCACAGCAAUAAGAUCUUCCAAGCCCAGCGUCAGUGAAUUGUUUUCUUCUCCUUAUCUAGUCAGAUUGGUGCAAAUGCAAUCGAGGGUGUAAUUGUAAAAUAGCAGAAGUGGCUCUAGUUCAAUU